UCGUAAGGCACCGGGCCCACGAGUGGCAAACAGCCACGUCUCUGGCUGCAUGGCUGUUAGAAGAGAAAGCAUAAAGCAGGGAAAGGGGAACCCACUGCGCAGACGUGGGUGGGAAACGAGGGCAGCGUCUGCGUGGGGCUGGGGGCUGUGGGUGACUGGCAGCAUCUUGCCUUCCCUAUAGGCUGAGCAUACGGGGGCUGAGGCAGGCAGGAGGAGCAGCAGGGCCCCAGGAGCAAGGAUGAGGACUCCGGGCUGCGGAGAGGAAAGAAGAGAGCACCCGAAGGCGUCGACCUUGCUCUGAAGAGGAAGGUGUAUGCUAAUGAUUAACUUCAAGCGAGGCCAACAGUGGGAAGAAAUCUGUCCUUGGAGUGGGAAGGAAAGGGGAGCGCAAGAGCCAUCCGCACCAGAGAGACUGAGCAAAGUCACUGAGAGGCCAGGGCAGAGGGAGGAGAGAGGAGAAGAAAAGAAGCCAGCCAAAGACAGAAACCAGCAGAACAAGCUUUAAAAAUGGAUGAAGGCUUUAAACCACAGACACUUGACUCCGGUCUUCAGAGUCCAUCAGAGACAUUGCUUUCCAUUCGGCUGUUAGACUUUAAAACAAGUUUAUUGGAGGCUAUAGAAGAACUGCGUAUAAGAAGGGAAACAGAGGUAAAUUAUGAAGAUCAAAUAAGUAAAAUUGUUGUAGAGAAACAGGAACUUGAAUGGCAGAAGGAAACUCUGCAGCAUCAGACAGACAUGUUACAGCAACAGAACAAAGAAGCUAUGGCAGCUUUUAAAAAGCAGUUACAAGCAAGGAUGUUUGCCAUGGAAGAAGAAAAGGGAAAAUACCAACUUGCUGUAGAAACAAAAGAAAAAGAAAUUGAUGGGCUGAAAGAAACACUAAAAGCAUUACAGAUUUCAAAAUACACUUUAGAAAAGAAACUGAAUGAAAUGGAUCAGAAAUUACAGUUGCACUUAACAGCAAGAGAGGAGCAUCAAAAGAAACUGAAUGAAGUUGAGAGGUGUUAUGCCACUAUUGUAUGUCAGUUUGGCAUUGUUAAAGGUGUUCAUGGACAAUUAGAGCACAGUGUACAGGAAGCGAUACAGCUCAAUAAGAAACUAACAUCAGUGAAUAAAAAACAAGAGACUGAAAUAAGUAAUCUGAAGGAAGAACUGAAGAAAGUAACUACAGACUUGAUAAGGUCCAAGGUCACAUCUCAGUACAGGGUGGGAGAAGAAAACAUCAAUCUUGCAGCAAAGGAAAAACAGUUUCAAGAACUGCAACAAAAAAUCAGAAUGGAGGCAGCAAUUAGUAAAAAAGUUAAAGAAGAAAACACUCAAAUUAAAGGAGAAAAGCUGGAAAUUCUCAGCUCUCUACAAUGUGUGCAGGAGCUGCUUCAGCGGAUAACCCAAACGAAUGUUAGAAUGGAAAGUGAAUUAAAUGCACUGAAAGAAGAAUAUCAGACCCUUGAAAGAGAUAAUGAGCUGCAAAGGGAGAAGGCAAAGGAAAAUGAAGAAAAGUUCCUUAAUCUUCAGAAUGAGCAUGAGAAAGCACUGAGAACUUGGAAAAAAGAUGAGGAAAAUAUGAGGAGAGAGAUAGCCACUAUUAAAAAUGAGCUAAAUUCCCUUAAGGGGGUUCAAGGACAUCUUGAAGAUUAUCCUCCUCCUCGGGGAAACCAGCAUGCUGAGCAAGUGGAAAGUCUGCAGGUUCUAUCAGUUCUAACAGAGCUGCCAACACUUCGAAUACCUCCAGUAUCCACCGAGACCCCCAGGGAGACCCUAGUGAGGAAUGGAAUGCUACAGCAAAGACUUUUUAUGAUUCUUCUUUUCCCACAGAACACGUGAAAGAAGGAUUUACUGCUUUACAUGAGCAGAAGUCUUCUCAUGUAACUCCAGCAAAAAGCGAAAGAAUGCUUGGAGAUGAAGACAGCCGUUCUACUCAUAAUUCUAACAUACAAAAUCAAAUAGAAGAAAUUGAGAAAUUCCUCCAGUUGGAGAGACUUUGUUCAUCAAGAAAAAGAAAACAUGAAGACAGAGAAUAAAGAGCAGUGAAAGGAGCUAAGAGCAUGUAUGUGUCCAUUCGGCACAGAUAAAUCACUUGCAUAAACCAGAGUGGUAAAAGUAUUUCUAUAGAAUAUGGUAUGUAUUAAUUGUGCUUUCAUGUUUAAUACAAAAUAUAGACGUCUGUUUAAAAAUGGUGAAAUUCCUACUAAAAGAGUUAGUUCUGUUUCUGCAGUCAACUGCAUGCAAGUUGUUACAAGUUUUACCUGAAGUUAAAAGCUCACAAGUUAAAGUUUGAAUAAACU